AUGAAUCCGUUUCACAAUUCCAAACAGCAACAGCAACAACAACAAUUAGUAGAAUUAAACAACAAGGAGAAUCCAGGGAGGGUCCAUCCAAACGUGGUUGCACAAACCUCUGGAUUUGCAAUACCACAACAACAACCUCUCAAGAAGAACAACCCAACAACAUCAACAACACUGAUGAAUCCACAACAACAACCAUCAGUUGGAAUCUCCCGACCACUCUCUGCAUCAUCCCAACCACAACGUGCAUCCAAACCACUCCCUGUACGCUCUACUACUUCCUCUCAAAACAAUGGUUCAGAAGAUGAAAUUUGUUACCCUGAUCAGCCUCGUAAUGAUUGGACGAUUGAUGAUUUUGAAAUUGGUAAACCACUGGGUACUGGCAAGUUUGGUCGAGUGUAUUUAGCACGAGAGAAGAAAUCCAAAUAUAUUGUAGCUCUCAAAUUAUUAGAUAAAAAGCAACUGGAGAAGGAAAAGGUUGCCCACCAACUCCGAAGAGAAAUUGAAAUUCAAUCUCAUCUCAGACACAAGAAUAUUCUUCGAUUAUUUGGCUUCUUCCACGAUAAGGAUCGAGUGUAUUUAAUUCUCGAGUAUGCUCCUGGUGGAGAAAUGUAUAAUUAUCUGCAAAAGUGUCGAAGAUUUUCAGAGGAACAAACGGCCAAGUUCAUGUACCAAAUGGCACGUGCUCUUAAAUAUUGUGCUUCCAAGCAUGUGAUCCAUCGUGAUAUUAAGCCAGAAAACUUACUCCUUGAUGCUAAUGGUGAAAUCAAAAUUGCUGAUUUUGGUUGGGCUGUUCAUGCUCCAUCCAGCAGAAGAAGGACUUUGUGUGGAACAUUGGACUAUCUUCCUCCUGAGAUGAUUGAAAAGAAGGCUCACAAUGCAACAGUCGACUUGUGGUGUAUUGGAGUUCUUUGUUUUGAAUUCUUAACAGGAAAUCCUCCUUUCUAUGCCAAUGAUGAUAAAUCCACCAUGAGGAAUAUUGUAGCUGUGAGAUAUACAUUCCCAGAGCACGUUAGCGAAGAAGCGAAGGAUUUGGUGAAGAAACUACUUGUCAAAGAGCCAACUGAGCGUAUCACUUUGGAUCAAGUUCUGCAACAUGCCUUUAUUACCAAAUAUUGUGGUUGUGAGCAAGCAUGA